CUUCUACGUGAUUUCGAGUGUAUGCCAAAGAAGAGAUCGAAAAGUUUGCAACCACUUAGUAGCAUACAUUCCGAAAUUGCAAGAUACGAAAGGGAUCUUAGAAAAGAAAUCUACCAAGAAAGAGACAAAAUGGCAGAGGAAGAAGGGAAUCAAGUAGGCCAACAAAGAGCUCUCAUGGUGUAUGUAAGGUCGAGUUUCAAUGCAAACCAACAAAGUAUUGCACGCCCGUCGGUUAAUGCCAAUAAUUUUGAGAUAAAUCCGGCAUUGCUCAAAAUGCUUCAAUUAACUCGUUCAAUUCUAUGGGUUGGCCAAUGA